AUGGAGCAAGCUUUGUAUUGGAUGCACACGAAGCGAAAACAUAUUUUGACAUCUCAUAUUCAAUCGUCAAGCAUUAAUCCAUCGUAUGGUGAUUCAUGGGAAGAACAAGCUUUUGCAGAAGAUGCAGCUGGAGCUCUUGGAGGGUGUAUAUGGCCUCCCAGAUCUUACACUUGUAGUUUUUGUGGAAGAGAAUUCAGGUCGGCCCAAGCUCUAGGGGGUCACAUGAAUGUCCACAGGAGGGAUAGAGCUAGACUCAAGCAGUCUCCAAAUCCCCAGAUUAAUGAAAUUCCUCAUCUUCAUCACCACCAAAAUCAUCAUAUUAAUCUUCAAUAUAGCUCUUUGGAUGUCCAAUACCCAUCCCUGGGUUGUAACCCUAACCCUAACCCUAGUUCUGAUCAAGGUGUUCUUGCAUCAACUUCUUCACCUUCUAGGGUUUCAGCUCCUCUCCAAGAAAACCACAAGGGGACCUCCUUAUCAUUAAUCCCUCCAUCAUGGUCAAAGUUGAUUGCCAAAAGAUACUUUCAAAUCUCUGAUCGAGAAGUUGGAGACAGAAAUUCAAAGCAAGAUCAAUCAGGACUUAGGGCCAGAGGGGAUUAUGUCAAAGCCAACUUGUCGAGCUUGAAUUUGGUUGUUUGCAGAACUGUCCCAACUGUAUCUGGUGCUAAAUAUGAGGCCACGAGUAGUAAGAGACGAAGAACUGAUCCUAUACCAUUGCCUUUAUUUGUGAAACCAGGUUCAGUUGAUAGACAACAUCUGAUCAAAUCAGAGGUACUUGAAUUUAGCCUUAGCUCAAUAGAUCAGGAUUUAGAUCUUGAACUAAGGCUUGGAGACCGGCCUAAGCUGAAGUAGAAAUGAUCAAAAAGCAUGUGCUUUGAUGAACAUGUUAGUUGUUUCUUCUGUUCAUGUCUGUUGUUUGUUUUCUGCCUUGCUCUUUUUCUUUUUUUGUUUCCUUCCUUUUUCCCAUUUAUUCUCUCUGGUGUAGGAAAAGUCUUUUUUUUAUUUAUUUUAAAUUUACUAAUUUGCAGUAACAAUUACCAUGUGAAAAUCGCGGAUAAACUUAAAAUGUUUAUCUCAUACAUAUGAGAAUGAUCGAUGAUGCCUUUAUGAAUAGCUCUAGCUUGAUUCUAAUUA